GUCCGGGGCAAGUUACCUUCCGCAAUGACGACCUGACCCAGCUUCGCACACAACCACAACCUCCUCGCCAUGCAGUCCCUCGUCGCCCGCUCGUCCAUCAUGCGCCCCAGCGUACUCAGGUCGUCGGCGAGGACGUUCGCGACGUCGCCAACGCGUGCACAAGCGGUUCCGACUGAGAAGCCGGUCUUGAAUAAGGAGUUCAAGAUAUACCGCUGGAAUCCGGAUGAGCCUGCAGCAAAGCCCAAGCUACAGACGUACACCGUCGACCUGAACCAGUGCGGUCCUAUGAUUCUUGAUGCACUCAUUAAGAUCAAGAAUGAGACGGAUCCGACACUCACUUUUCGCCGUUCAUGCCGCGAGGGCAUUUGCGGCUCCUGCGCAAUGAACAUUAACGGCCAGAACACCCUUGCGUGCCUCUGCCGCAUUGACAGGAACGCCAGCAAGGACACCAAGAUCUACCCUCUUCCUCACAUGUACAUUGUGAAGGACCUCGUCCCGGACCUCACGCAGUUCUACAAACAAUACAAGUCGAUCGAGCCCUACCUCAAGAAUGACAACCCACCUGCAGACCGCGAGUUCCUGCAGUCACAGGAAGACCGGCGCAAGCUUGACGGGUCAGUCAUUCAUUGAAACUCAGUUAUUGGACACCGGGUGACAUGUUGGUGUUAGGAUGUAUGAGUGCAUCUUGUGCGCGUGCUGCUCGACGUCCUGCCCGAGCUACUGGUGGAACCAGGACGAGUACCUCGGUCCCGCGACCCUCAUGGCAGCCUACCGGUGGAUGGCUGACUCCCGG